AAUAGUGAAAAUUCUAAUGGCCACUCUUUUCAAAUAAAAAAUAUUUUUUAUAUCGACUUUAAUAAAAUAUCAAUACGUAGCAGCUUAAUUCUUUAUUAAUUUUUGUAGUAAAUUAAAAUAGUGAACAAAUUACUUUGCAGUUUUAUUAUUUUUUUUAUUCCAAUAUAAGGUAGUAAAAUCACAUUCACACAUACGCAUAAUGUUUUGGGAUAAGGGAUAUACGCCUUCACAGAAUAUCGAAAAUUUGUUACAAAAAGAUAACGUAGUAUUAGAAGAGUUUUUGGACGAUGAAGAUAUUCUGCAGGAAUGUAAAAACCAAAAGAAAAAUCUUAUCCAGUACUUAACUCGUCCAGAUAUUAUUAAGAGACUUAUUGAAUUAACAAUCACAGAACCACCAGAAGAUGUAUCCAUAACACAACGCUUUAAACAUGCUAAUAUGGCAUGUGAAAUUUUGACUUUUGGUUUACCGUCCCUUGACGAGAAACUAGUAGAGGAUGAAGAAAUAUUGCAAACAUUAUAUUCAUAUCUAGAAAAAGAACCACCGUUAAAUCCUCUCCUGUCGUCAUUUUUUAAUAAAACGUUUAGUAUGUUAAUAUCAAAAAAAGCUGAAACAGAUUGGUUUUUAUAUCAAAAAUUGUGCCUACAAGUAUUGGAAUUUAUAAAAUCACGUGGUAACUUUCUUGAUUUAAUAUUUCGACAUUUUGCUACAUCAGUUAUUAUGGAUUUACUGCUUCAAAUUAUCAGAGAAGUUCAAGGUGCACUUAAAAAAGAUUUAUAUGAGUGGCUUACGGAACAAAAUCUUGUUGAAAGACUGAUUAGCAUGUUAGGGAAGCCAGAAGAGUCUGAAAAGCACAAAAAUAUAUCUGAAUUUCUGUGUGAAUUAAUACGAUAUGGAAGAUCAUUAAGACAAACCUAUGAUAAUGAUUCGUUUGAACAAAGUUUUGUAAAUGGUAAUUUGUUACUUCUUUCAAUUGAGGAUCAUUCUGCGGUAUCACAAUUGGUUGACGUGAUGUUAUUACCAGAAGCAGAAGAAACAACCGUGGUCGCUGGUGUUAAAGUAUUAUUAACCUUGGCUGAUGAAUCAAUUGUUGAGGAACCAGCAUCAGAUUUAGCCUUGCAGUUAAUAAUGGAUAAAGAAAAAGAUAAUCAUGACAGAAUAAUUUAUAUUAUUAUUGAUGUAGUUGAACCAAAAAUAAAUGACUUUCAUAAUCUUUUAUCAAAGCCACCACAAAGAAAUCUUUCAAAUAUUUAUUCUGAAUUACCACCCCCCUUUGGAUUGACAAGACUUCAAAUAUGUAGCCUUUUUACCAUUUUAAUUCGUAUCGGUAACAGUAGGCUAAUUGAUGCAAUAUGUAAAACUGAUCUAUUUAAUACUUUGCUCAAAUUAUUUAAGGAAUAUUGCUGGAAUAAUUUUUUACAUAGUGAAGUUGAAAAAUGUUUAAAAAUUGUUUUUUCAAAUAACAAUAAUAAUAUUAAGAAAAAUAAUCAAGCAAAUUCGUUGCAAAAGCAACCGCAGGAACAACAACAACAAACUGAAAACAAUGACAAUGAAAAUAGCAAUGGUGAUACGGUUGAAAACCCUGAAAUAAAUCCAUCUGCCUUACAAACAUAUGCAAUAGUUAACUGUAGAGUUAUAUCAAAACUUAUUGAAUGUUGGAUGUUAAAUAAAGAAAUGCAGUCAUCUGCAAAAGGUCGUCGUUUAGGCUAUAUGGGUCAUCUUAUUAAAAUUUUUGAUACAAUCACAACAUCAAUAUUAGAAUCCGAUAAAUUGGGUGCCUUAAUUGAAUCGAAUUUGAGUGAGGAUGAAUUAGAAAAUUGGCGUAUGAUAACAAACAAAGAUGAAGGUGAAUUGAUAAAAGACUUGAAUACUCAAAAAAGAAUGCUAGCACAUUGUGAUGCUUAUGAAUCAGCUGAAGUUUACACAAAUUUAGCAAAGGAAUUUCACAACGAAACCUUCCCGUCAGAACUCUUUAACGCUACUUUAUCCAACUUGCCAGCUUUUCUAGAAGAAGAUGAUGAAAUAUUUGGUGGUUCUUCAUCUGCUGGAGUAUUAUAUGAGCAAUUUGUUGAAAAAACGAAUUUUGAAGAUGAUUAUUUGAAUGUAACCGAUAUUCUAACGCCUGGAUUAUCAAUCACCUUAAAUCAGACAUUAAAACAGCUUAAAAUAUUGGUAGAUAUGGGUGAUAAUGACAACGUUGAAAAUGUUGAUAAUACAAAUAAUGAAAGUAAUUCUAAUAGUGAUAAUGCUACAGAUGAUGAUGUAGUGAAAGGCUUAAAAUUAAGUGAUGAAGUUAUGCAAUUUUUUGCUGAUUUUGAUUUACAUUUUAAUGAUGGCGGAGCAGAAAAAAUUAGCAACGGUAUCAGUAGUACAGAACAAGAUUCUAAAAAUUUAAAUGAAAUUCAGCAGAGUCAAGAACAAUCGAUUGCAGAUAAAUCUGAUAAUAACGCAAAUUUUGAAAAAUUUUGUAAUGAUAAGCUAUCAUCAUUUGAUGAUGAUGAUAACUUUUUUAAUGAUACAAAAACGAAUGCAGAAAAAAUUAUUGAAAGUAUUGUUAAUGAUGAUACUAAUGAUAUUAUUGGUGAUGAAAUGGAUAAUGUUAUUGAAAGUGAAAACGAUAAUGGUAAAAUACAGACUGAUGAAUAUGAUGAUGUACUCGUAAAUAAAUAUGGUGAAAAUAAUAGCUUUAAAAAAGUGCAAGCAGAAGUUUUAGAUAAUACUAAUAAUAUUACAAUUAACAGCGCUUCCAAUGGUCCAGUUAGUGAUGAAUUUAUACCAAAAUCGUCUGCAACUGAAGUAUCUGAUAAUGCUAUAAAGAGUUCAAAUUAUUGUAAUGAUCAUACUGAAAACGAAAAUAAUGCAAAAAGCUCAACAGCAAAAGACACUAGUUUUAAUUCUAAUGAAAUUUGUUCUAAUACUAAUAAAACCGAUGUUGAUGGUGGUUGUGAUGAAAAUGCAUCCGUUGUAGAUGAAUCGAGUUAAUCUAUGUAAUUAGUAAAAAAUAAAAACAAAAAAAAAAUAAAAAAUAAAAAAACACGUGUUAUAUAAAAAAAAGUAAACAUAAAAAAAAAAUUAUAACUUUUAUAUGUAUAAUCUAAAAAAAAAACAAAAAAAAAACAUAAAAAAAGUUAAUGAAAAAAAAAUAUGGCAUCUUGUAAUAAAUACCAUUAAUAAAUGGACCAAUUAAAUUUCUACCCCUCCAUAUUUCCCUUUUAUGAAAGAUAAAAAGAAAAAAAAAACAUAAAAACACAAAAAACUAUAGUUAAAAAAAUGAUUAUAACUGAAAAGUAAACGGUAUGAACCGGAAAAAAAAAUAUUGAAACCAUUAUGGAUAAAAUAAUUAAAUUAUUUUCCCUGUAAAACUUUGAAAUUUUCUAAAAA